UCAAAUUUAUUGAUUUUGUUUUCUAUUGAUUUAAGCAAUAUUUGCGCAACUGCGUGUUUUUGUUACAGAGAUUUUUUUGAAAUUUUCCCAAUUGUUUGGGGUUUGAAAGACUAUUUUAGAAAUAACAUCCCAUCAUGGAAAGCAGUGUUUACAAGUGUAUUGAAAGCAUUAUCAAACCCCAAAAAACUCCCAGUAACAUCACAAGACAUCAUUUCAUUUAAAAGACCUUUUGUUCCACAACAUUCACCUCUACAUGAUGCCAAGUGCUAUGCCUCUCUCAUUGUAAAUUGGUGUGAUCUGUAUCAUAAUAAAUAGAGAUUUCCACAACAUAGGCUUCUCAGUACAUGAACAAUAUCUCUGAUAUAAACCUUUUACCCCAGUGACCUGUGAGCAAAUUCUUCUCUCCCUAAGAAAACAUGUUUCUUUAACAGUGUAUUGAAGGAUAAGCAGAGUUGAGUAGUUAUCACGUGACAGAUUAAAUGUCUUUUAUUAAAUUUUAACGCCCUUUUCCCAACCCGUUCCCCGGUAUGGGGCUAUUUGAAAAUGGUAUUGGUGACAUUUGGUGGAGGAUACAUGUAGUAAAAUUUAAAAAAUUAUUUCAACAUGCAAAGUGUCUUUUUCCCACUAAGGAAAAAAACACUCCACGACGAUAGUGUUCUUGUAAGCCUUUCCGGUACCGCAUUUAAUAUUUAAGUCCUCAGGGAUAUGAAAGAAAAGUUGAGAUAGUCUUGGUAGUUAAUGUGCAAACGAACGAAACAGUCGAACGAAGCAGUCUGUCCUUUGCCUGAUAUUUUUAUGUUUUUGUUUUUAUGUUUUUUUUCUUUACAUUCAAUUGCACGGAAGUAUACCGCAAUUCAGAAAUACAUGUAUUCUUUCGUUACUGAAGCUUCGCCUGGCAUGGUUGAAGGGAAUUACAAAUAAUUUUUUCAAGGGAAUUAUCGAUGAAAAGUUCUUUACAAGGAAUAAAAUAGUAACGGUCGUAUUUAGCUUGGUUUUCAUGCCUACUGUCUUCUUGCGAUAUGAAUUAUUUUUUCCAGUUUUCCUCCCUCUGUAAAUUUUUUUGUAUUAAAGUCCAGCCCGAAAAAUUAUUAAUUUAACAUGAGAGAUUUUCAUAAACUACUCGUAAUCAUUUUCAAUUAUUCAUUCAAGAAUCAGACCAAUCAAUGUUAUAGUAUUUGGUCUUCAAAGAGAAGGGGAAGAGUCUGUGUUCAUUGUUUUCAAAGCUAAACAUUUUGAAGGAAAGUUACACCUUGGUUACACUGAGAAAAGAGGUAAACUUGUUUUCACACUGAGAGAGGGCCCCAUUCGUGCAAUGUACAAGAAUUAGUGUCAAUUAGGUGAUAAUUGAAAGGAAAAGAGCUGAUUUAUUUUGAAGAUGUCCUUUCCCAAAAGAAAAGAAAGCACUCCAGCUGAUAAUAAAAGCUCUUUGUUUUGGCGUUGGAAUCGGCUUCAAGUGAAUGCUAUGGAAGAUUCUGAAUUGCGGAAUGUGCAAACAGGUUACGAUUCUCCCAAAGUAACAAGCCAUUCUCGGUUGCUUUUUGGAGCGCAGAGCAGAGUUUUCGACGCCGAAAAUUCCCUCAAGAUGGAAAAAGAUUCGAGGAAGAGACAUUCGCAGAAAGAUUUUACGGAGAAUUCAACUUCAAAUGGAAGCCGAGAAAAAGAAAUUGAAAAUGAAACUAAAGUUAUCGCGACUGUAAUGGACGCCGAGAAAGGAAGAUCAAACCCAUUCGAGUACUUUAAACAACAUCGAUUUGAUAAAGAGCUGGACCUGAACGGAUGGGUGCUGGGCCCGAUAAGGGCAUAUGAAAUUGCUACGGAGCUUCUAUCUUCUUCGACUGUUGUGAGUUUGUUUCUCGCAAACAACCGCCUUGGAAACGAAGGGGGCAGGGCCAUUGCAGAAGGAUUGCUCGGGAACUUUUCUGUUAAGGAGCUGGAUUUGUCCGGAAAUAUGCUCGGGCGAAACGCAGUCUCCAGUAUUGGAGAGAUGCUCAGAAAAAAUCGAACUCUGGAAAAGUUGAAUCUCUCGAGAAACGACCUAACAGAUCAAGACAUGGAAGUGUUUCUUGAAUUCCUCUGCGGCGAAAUUGUCUUAAAAGAGCUGGACUUAUCUCAUAAUAUUCUAUGCGAUCAAUUCGCUGAACGUAUGUCGCGAGUCUUAAAGAGUCAUUUUAUUCUCGAAAAGCUUUCCCUCAACUCAAAUCAGCUUGAAGUAACUGGCUUACAAGCCUUGAUGCCCGGUCUUCGAUGUACGCAAUCGCUUCGGGCUUUGAACAUUUCGUGGAAUUACUUGUACGACGUUGGAGCUGAAAUUCUUGGCGAAAUAAUCGCUGACAACGAAAGCCUAAUUGAAAUUUCAGCCUGUGGAAAUCUAUUCACAGCCAAAGCAGCCAGCUUCCUUGCCAAGGGGGUUGUUAAUAACUCAAAUUUGAAAAUUCUUCGCAUUGGUCAGAAUUUGAUCCGAAACUCGGGAGCGUAUGCGUUUAUCGAUGUCUUAUCUCAAAGCGGCUCGUCUUUAACCGCGCUUGAGGUUUUGGAUAUCGAUGGUACCAUUGUUGACCAAAAGUUUAAAGAAAGAGUCGAGACUAAGUUUUCUGAAAAGCCUGGUGCUUUAAAGGUAGUCAACGCUUCGGUUGUGGGUGAAAUUUCGAACGAGCUAGAACAGUUUGUGGAAAAAUCGCCUGAAGAUCUUUCGAUCUGAUUCAGGUCCAUUAGCUUCUUAUUUUGAAAGAAAUAUGUCAUGAAAUAUUAAUUGACUGAUAAGGAGUAACUCUUUAAAAUUCACAAUUUUCAUUUUUGUGACAAGGAAAUUUUGAAAUGUUAGAUGUAGAUUACCUUGCGUACAGAGUUUUACAGAUUGAUGUUCUCAAUAUUCAGAGGGGUGAAGCGUGUGUACAACUUCUAUAGAAUGUCUCUUGAAUAGAUUCAGAUCAUUUCACAACUUUUUUUUUUUACAUUGCACAUUAAACUAGCAGGCUACUUUUGAUGUAUCUAGUGCAAUAGUAAUGAGACAUAGAGAAGAUAAAUGAUAGAAAUGAAUAAACACAUUCAUUAGAUUUCAUUUUUUGUCCUUCUAACCUCUCCAGCGAAAGAGUUGUGCGAUAUCGAAAGAAACUUAGAGCAAUUUUCAAUUGAGCGUUAAAGGAAUCCGGUUUUCAUCUUGUCUCAUCAGAGUGAAUCUAAUUCACGCUAUGAUUGGCCCAGAAAACUCGUACUGGUCAUUCAAUCAAUCAAAUGCAAAUC